AUGGCAGCCAGUCCUCGGAAACAGUCCGUCCUAGAGCCCUCGCCGUGGGGUGACUUCUUCAUCAAGCAUGAGCCGCAACCACCGGAGAGAUCGGAGGAAUGGAUGAGAGCGAGGGCUGAUAAACUGAAGGAAGAAGUCCAGAUGUUGUUUAACACUUGCAGCAGCACGAUGGACAGAAUUACCUUAUUGGAUGCACUCCAACAUCUCGGAAUAGAUCACCACUUUGUUGAACAGAUUAACACUGCGUUACAAGAAAUCGUUGGGAGCGAGUUUAGUAGCUCCAUCCUCCAUGAGGUUGCCCUUCGAUUUCGCUUGCUUAGGGAGCAUGGAUUUUGGGUGUCUCCAGAUGUUUUUGACAAAUUCAAGAGCGAAGAUGGGAGCUUCAGUGGCAAUGAACCAAGGGGGCUAUUAAGUUUAUACAACGCAGCUCAUCUUCUCAUUCAUGGUGAGCCGUCAAUGGAAGUAAUCAUCUCCCUCGUGAGGCACGAUCUAGAAUCAAUGAAAGACAGUCUCAAGCCCCCUUUAGCUGAGCAAGUCAAGCGUGCCCUUCACUUACCACUGCCAAGGACAUUUAAGAGGGUAGAAACACUGCAUUAUAUCUCCGAGUACAAACAAGAGGAUGGGUAUAAUCCAAACCUACUAGAGCUCGCAAAGCUGGAUUUUAACCUUCUGCAGCGUGUCCACUUGAAGGAGCUCAAAGCUAUCACCGAGUGGUGGGAAUAUCUUUAUGGACAUGUCGGGCUAAAAUAUGUUCGGGAUCGUGUGGUGGAGUGCUACACUUGGUCCUAUGCGUUGUUCCAUGAGGAAGGCUUUGCCCUCGCACGAAUCAGCGUUGCCAAACAAAUGGUACUAAUUACCAUAAUGGAUGACACAUAUGACAACCAUGCCACCAUACAGGAAUGUCGUCAGCUAAAUGAAGCUGUUCAAAGGUGGGAUGAUAGUGCAAUUUCUCUUCUACCGGAGUACCUUAAAAGGUAUUAUAGUGAACUGUUGAGGUUCUUUGAGCAAUUCGAGGGUGAAGUGGCAACCGCUGACAGCUACCGGAUUGCCUACGUCAAGAAAGAGUUCCAACAUUUGUCCACUUAUUUUAUGGAAGAAGCCGAAUGGUUCCACCGGAAGCACGAGCCAAGCUUUGAAGAACAGGUGAAAUUGUCUUCCAUGAGUAUAACCUUGACAACACUAUGUAUGGGUUCCAUUGCUGCCAUGGGCGAUGCAGUAACCAAGGAAACACUAGACUGGGCGGCUACUUUCCCUCAAGUCAUCAUGGCAAGCUCAAAGAUUGCACGUUUCAUGAACGACAUUGCGUCAUUUGAACGCGGGAAGAUCAAAGGGGAUGCGAUGAGUUCCGUGGAGUGCUACAUGAGCGAGCAUGGGUUGACAAGGGAGGUCGCCAUUGCCAGGAUGGAGUCAAUGAUGGAAGAGGAAUGGAAAACCACGAACCAAGCUCGAUUUGAUGAAGAUCGCGUGCUGCUCCCGGCUGUGCAGCGGGUCAUCAACUUUGCUGUGAGCAUGCCGGUUUUCUAUGGCGGGAGGAAGGAUGCAUACAGCAGCUGCAGCCUGCGUCUCCGGGACACUAUUCUCAGCCUCUUCGUCACACCCAUUCCCAUGCAAUAUUGA